AUGUUCAUUUGUUCUGCUUUCAGCAAUUGCAAAAUGGAGCGCUGCGGUCGUAAAGCGGUUCCCCUGCGCUGCAAGUUACACACAACGCGUGACGUGACGUCCGCCCUGACCCUUGGGCUGCAAAAGGGUCAGCGUUGGGUGCCACACGCGAACGAAGCUCUCUCGAGUUUACAGAGCCUCGGUUUCAGGAGCUCGCGAAUUGCACACAAUAUCCUAGCAAACGUAGUGGGCACAGCCACAACGGCACUGACACCUGAAACGUACUGUAAAUCGACUGGGGUGGUAUUCUCUGGGCAGCUUUUUCCAGUGCCUGACGACGUGAACGAGAAGCGACAAGCUGUGAACGCUAGGCGGUCUACUCCAACAGCUGCAGCAGUAACCGCGUGCACAGAACCAGAGCCGCUUGACCCGGAAUCGAAGUCCCCGACGGCACCACCUGCACGCAAACGAACGCCGAGCAGCACCCGUGCAGAGACGAUGCGAUUACGCUGGACGGACCCACUGCUGCGCGCUCGGCUUUUGCAGAACAGGCGGUCGAACGGGACGAUCGCAAAGCAAGCUGCAUCCCUAUCUAAACGUUGGCAAGAUCCGGCGUUUCGAGCACGAAUGCGUCAGGCCUUGUCGGGAAAACCGGCCUGGAAUCGCGGCAAGAAGCAUUCUGAGGCGACCCGAGAAAAGAUUCGGCGAGCGAUGCUCCGCCAUUGGGUAAAGCGAAGAGGAGACCGUGCAGGCACCGAGGCCCGCACUAACAGUGACACCUCAGAAGAGAACGCCUUCGAUCGGCUGAAACGGCAGUUCACGGCACUCGCUAUGGACCUCAAACUCUGGAGCGAUGGCUUCUAUACGCGAAUGGGCAGACGUCCCCGAGCAUCUGAUAUUGAAGCGGUGACUUUGGGGGAGUCUCAACGUCGAAGUGGACGGGGCGCAGCGCUUGACAUGAUGACGCCUGCGCUUAUGUUCAAAUGCCAGCGCUUCCUGGAACUCAAGCGAUUAGUGACGAAUCAGGAUGAGAGCCUGCAAGGCCUUGGUGACGAGAUUAUUCAAGAUGAUUUGAACCCCUGA